AUGUUGGAGAAAAAUGGAGGCUCCCGCUGUCGAUCUGCGGUAGGGUUUCUGGACAAAGAAUGUUCGUUCAAGGGCGAUCUGGCUAGAGAGCGAUUAUCAAGGGAAAAAAAAGGCCUACGGUGGCCUAUUGGCAAAAUCGCACUCCCAUCAGUACGGGCCAGGGUGGCACAGAAUGCGUGCAAUCUGCAACAAAUUUGGGCCGAGUACAAUGUUAAGAACCCGGCCAAUCUUUCCAUGGCAAAAAUAACAUCUGAGCGAAGGGCGUCAAGAAUGCGCGACGAAGUCGGUGACGGCGUGGCUGUGCGAUUGAGGUUCGAGGAUUCUGUAGGCGAGCAAUAA